AAGAAAGAUACCCACCACCAACCGGAAAUUAAGUUUCCUCAGCAUACUAAAUUCAAAGUCUUCUUUAGUCUAGAAAUUCUAAUAAUGCUAGUUGUGGUGCGCAAACACACAGGAAGAUUUAUGAUUAGUAUUCCUCUAUUUUAUUUUUAGGUUGGUUGAACUCAACAAUUCGAGCUUACAAGCACACCUACAGAAGUGUUUAUCUCAUUCACACUAUCAUACAGUGAAAAGGCAACAAAUCCAUAUUUAUUUUGAUCUUUGUCUAUUGCUACAGAAGAUCUGAGUCAAUGCCUCUAUUAAGAAAGAUGUAUAACUUAUUUACUCUUAAAUGUAAGAACACCAGAGACAUUGUCCUAACAAGCAACCAUGACUCACGUAAUAUUAAGCAAUGCUGCUUUUAUAUUCCACCAUUUGUCAGCUUCGACAUCAGAAUGAGAUAAGAUUCUGCAGUUAAAUACAUCACAAAUAAUUAUAUUGUGAGAUGUGUGAAUGUGGGUGGUAGGGGCCAUUGGAUUUGGAUGCUAAAGUUUGUGCUUCAUUUUAUUACGCAGAUAAUGAAGGAAAUUCCUUCAUUUCAUUGAAAGAUUCUGUUCAAAACUGUAUCUCAUCCCUGGAACUGUUUUCUUGAAGCUGUGACUGUGGCUGGGAGAAAGAAUCACUAACUAACUUAAGGGGCACAAACUAAAUCAACCCAGAAAGUGAAAUCUUGAUUAAAGUUUGAUUUGUUUAAUACUAUCAACAGUCAACUGAGAACUAACAAGCCUAAUCUGACUUCAAGCAUUUUCUAUAAACAUCUCAACCAUUAGCCCACACUUUAAUCUUGGAAGCUUGAUUCCUGGAUGAAACUUCACCAUGAGAAGCAAAGGAAUAUACUAUUUUAUUGGUUUAGUGGGCAAAUUAAGACUCCCUUUUAUGCAAUCAAAUCUUCAAAGAUACUGAAUAAGAUUCUUAAUAAAGCACAACCUGAGAGACAGGCAACACGUGAUGCAAGUGCUUCACAAUUAACUAAAGAAAUCCAUACCAUAACAUCGAGCUUUUGAGGAAACCAGAAAAAAGAAAAAAAAGAUGGAUAAAGCAAUUGCAAUUCUCAUCAAUUAAAAAAUUAAAAAGUUUAGUGAGCUGGAGAGUGAUGCUGCUGUCUCUAGUUCUCUGGUUUAGUCUAGACAUCGCAUUAACAACAGUAAUGGAUAACAAUUUUUACCUUUAUGAGCAUAAAUUUCCGCACAGAAUUAGCUACUCUCAACCACAAAAUUAAAAAAGCAUAACCCAGUAGUAUGAAUACCUGUAUGUCAUCAUCGCAUCAAUGGAACAAUUGUUGAAUCGCAGGACCUGGGAUUGUUGCUUUCUUUGCUAGAGUCUCCGAUAGCCGGAGAGCCGUUAGUUCCAGUUGUUAGGGUUCUCAAUUUCCACUGCCCAGAAGAGUUCAAGAAGGAAAAAGAAAAAAAGUAAAAAAAGAUAGUGUUUUUAUAAAGGUUUUGGGUGCAGGACACGCAGUACACAGUUUGCUCCCGGUUUUUUCUUUUGUCUUGGUUUCCUUUUUCUGCAGAUUAUCAGUCAAUGUCUUUGCCUUUGUAUUCCCUUUGUGACAAUUCCUAUGUAAGUUGAACUGAAAGCCUCGUUGAUGAAAUCUUGAACCCAAUGGACUUGGUGGGCCUCAUCAUCCCACUCCACAUAAAGUUUUUAUAGAAAGACUGCAUCUUUUCUGAUCUUUGUUCUAUAAUAUUCUUUACUUCUCUGGUUCACCUCACCCUUUGAAAACCUCCAGAAUUUCUCAACCAAAAAUCCCUUUCUUCCUUUCUUUCCCUCUUUUUUUUCCCUUCCUAUAGUUAGUUACUUACUUACUUUCCGCUCCCGAAUUUCUGAAGUUCUAAUCUUUGAGGGAUUAGUAGCAGAACCCACAUCCCAGAAAUUGGGAAAAACAGUUAAUGAUGCAAUGCCCAACUGAUUCUUUCAGCUAUAAUACCAGUUUGUGUGCUUGCAACCCAGGGUAUUUGUUUAAUGGCAGUAGUAGAAGCUGCCAACUUUUCUCUGGGUGGGAACCGGUGGAACUGCGCACCGGCGUGGACUACUCCAUAAAUUUCCCGACCACCAUCUUUGAUUUUGAUUCCAUUAAGAAGUUUACGCAGUCUCAAGCUGUGUUCCUUGAGGCUACCUUUGCUAUGCUUGCCAGUUGGCUGCUUUUCUGCCUUCUUGUGCGUGUUUUUGGCCCACUUGGUGAUGGCAGGUCUCUGUGGUUCAAAAUUCGGUGGUGGAUUAGUCGCCUUGAUGUUUGUUUCGCCACCCGCCAUUGGCUGGUAAGGCAUAUUAAUGAUUCUGGAGUGCUUUUCAAGGAAAUUUUGGGCUGUGUGUUUAUGAAGCUAGAACUAUGUUGCACUUCUCUAUAAUUUGAACAGGAACACAUUCCAUGUGGUAUUGGUCUUAGAUAUAUCUUCGACUUUGUUGGUUCAAUUACAACUCUAUAUAUAUGUUGCUAAGUUCCAUAAUGCUAAAGAAUGCAGGCCGUUUGAGUUAUCAUUCAAAUGGGGCAGUCUCUUAUUAAUUGUAGUAUCUUAUUGUAUGAAGAUAUAGGGAGCAUACAUCACUAGUUAUUGGAUGCAUGGUAUUAAAGUUUUUCAGUCAUGCUCCCAAGUCAUACUUAUAGGCAUCUCUUUUAGCUGCUAACAUAGCAAGUAAUACAAUUUUGAAUGAUAUGUCACCAAUUAAAUUAGAAAUACAUUAAGGCAGCGCCACUGCCUUCCCGUUCCUUUUGUCUUUUGGUUGGCUUGGAAAUGUUCCCUGUGAACUUAUCCGAUUGAUCUCUCUACGACCUUUGAGGAUUAACUUGAAAAAGUUCCUGUUAUUAUUUUCUUAAUAUCUCUAUCUUGCGGAAAAAGGUGAAUAAGUUGAAACAUCAACCCAAGAGAACUUCACCACAUAGUUUAAAUGAGGUUGGAUUAUGUGCUUUUCCUUCGGAAGGUUUCUAUUCUUUUGAAUUAUGUAAUGUCUGGUGGUUCCCAUGAACUUAUGGGUACAAUGUCUGGUGUAGGAUGAUCAGAAAGUAGUUAUGAAGCGGAAAACAGAACUUGGUGGAGCCCUUUCAAUAGCUAGUUGGAUGCUUUUUAUUGGUCUAUUUGCUGCGUUGUUGUACCAAAUUAUAUCCAAGAGAAGUGUUGAGGUGCAUAACAUAAGAGCAAGCAAUGCGCCUGAUUUAGCCGCCUUCUUGAAUGACUUGGAGUUCAAUAUAACUGCAAUUUCUGGAAUGAGCUGCUCAAAUUUACGUGGUCUUGGGACAUUAGUUUCUGGAAAUCCAGGAACAAUUGAUUAUAAAGUUGCUCCUCUUUCAACCUUUACCAACUUUUCUUGCCAAAAUACUAGCAGGGGCCCCACCAUUACCCUUAAAUGCAUCAAUUGCCCGCUUAUUCCAGACAUUGCAUAUAUUCCAUGGCAGUUUGUUGAUCUUCCUAAUGAUCCUGCGACAGCUGUUGGUUUUGACUUUAAGCUAUCUGCCAAAAGUCAUGAUGAUGAUAAGCAUUUAAGUUCAGUCGCUGGAACCAUAAAGAAUGGUACCAUUGGUCAGAGCAAAAGAGUCACAUUUAGAGGGACUGAACCAAAUAUCUUCAAAUUCAACCUGUUUCCUAGACACUACCGAAAUGUACAUGAUUUGAAGCUCAUCCAACCUUUAUUUCAUGAUUUUAUUCCGGGUUCAUCUUUUAGUGAUGUGGAUCAACUUCGAGCCUCUCUUGAGAGCUCCAGUGAUGGACUGCUAAACAUGACAUUGUAUGUGAAUUUCCUCUCAGACUAUAUUGUUGAGAUUGACAGCCAAAAUGUUUUGGGUCCUGUGAGCUUCCUGGCAGAUAUGGGGGGCCUUUAUUGCUUCAGUGUCUGUAUCUUUUUCUACCUCUUGUUGCAAUGCGAAUACAGAAGUAAGAAGCUUCGUCAAGAGGAUGUUGUGAUGAGAAAUGUAAGAAAUCGUAGAAAAGCUCAAGAGCGUUGGGACAAACUGAGGAAAUAUGUGAUGUAUACAUGGGGUUGUAGCUCACUGGAUGAUAAUAAAACCAAUGAUAAAAAAGAGGCAUGUUGCGCUGGCCUCACUGUGAAUUCAUGGCACAAAAGCAGGCCAUCCCAUAGACCUAAACGGCAGAAAACUUUGGAGAUGCUCAGUUUUAACAGAAACGUCAAACAACCUUGUGAGAAGCAAACUGUUCCUGAUAUCAACCAAGCGCAGAUGUCAAAUUGCUCGAUGAAGCCUUCAUCUGCUCCAAAAUCCACAAAUACAACUCAUGAACCUGAAAAUGGGGUGCCAAGAAAAGUCAGAGUUGGAAAUCCUGGUGCAACAAGUGGUUCACUUGUUGGUGAAGUCAGUCAGACUGACAUGCUUCCCGUUCAAGAAGAUUUAACGUUUCCACCACCUCCAGUGUUACAAUGUGGGACGUCUGGUGAGGCCAACAUCACUGACCUCCAAAAAAGUAUCCAAAACCUUUAUGAUUAUAAUGUUAUGCUAAGGGAUAAAUUGGCCGCUACUCAGUCAAUGCUUCAUGCUUUAAGCCAAAAUAAGCUAUCCCCGUUUCCAGAGUCUGGUCCAAGAUAGCAUAGUGGCUGUGUUAGGCCCCAAUAUUUAAAACAGUCCAGUGUUCCAAGUACAUCUGCGGGGGCAAAGUGUUACAUUCAAGGUCUAAAAAGCAUAUCUCAGGUCUACUCAAAAAUGCCGAUUUUGCUGCCAAUGUUUGCUGCCAAUGUUUGCUGCCAAGGGUAAGGAUGAGGAUAAGACAGGUGUAACAUCAUGGAGCUAAUCUUUGCUGUAUCGCCAGUGUUGUUUUGUAUAAUAUAUGCCGCAGCAGUGAAAGCAGUGGUUUCUUUUACCUUUGUUUUUUUUUUUUUUUUUUGUGUGAAAUUCUUGAUAGAGAGGUAGGUUCAUUAGCAUAGUCAUUCUUUGCUGCGCCAAGCAGAUUUUUUUCUAAUUUGUAAAGUGUUGCCUGCGUACAGACUUCUGGUUUCUUCAUUGUAAAUCCAUUGUGGAGAAGAUCCAAUAGUUACCAUGUGCCGUUUUGAAUGCAACAUAGUUCACAAUAAGGAUGAAUCAUUGAAUUUACAGAAAAAUAACUAUUGACCAUUCAACAAACAACUGAGGCGACAGCCACUAAAUCUACCGGGCUUCGCAAACCGUAUGUGUUACUUGAA